AAUUUUCAGGAUUUUUACGAAAAUUUUUGUUUUUUGUCGUUAUUUUUGGUAUUAAUCGAGGUCAACCAAUUGAUAGAAUGCGUUCGAGAAGUGCUUCUAGUGUACGUUUGGAUUAUUUGAUGCAUCUUGUUGAACAGACAAUUUUGAAAUAUCAAGAUCCUGUUACCGGUUUGUUCACCAAUAACAUUGAGGACUCACCUGAUCAUGCUUGGGUGCGUGAUAAUUUAUAUGCAACACAUGCAAUAUGGGCAAUGUAUAGAGCAUAUCAGAAAAGUGCCGACGUCAAUGAAGACCUUGCUAGAGCAAAAGAAUUGGGAUUUACCUGUGUGAAAACUAUGCAAUCAUUGUUAGAAUGUAUGAUGCGUCAAUCGGACAAGGUUGAACAAUUCAAGUUGCAUCAGCGUAAAAAUGAUGCUCUUCAUGCUAAAUAUUCUGCGAAAACAAAGAGUACCGUUGUUGGUGAUUACGAAUGGGGGCAUUUGCAGAUUGAUGCGAUAUCAUUAUUCCUACUGACAUUAGCCCAAAUAACGGCAUCAGGAUUACAAAUUGUCCGAAAUUUUGAUGAAGUUGCUUUUGUACAAAAUUUGGUGUAUUACAUUGAAGCAGGUUAUCGAACACCGGAUUACGGUGUUUGGGAGCGUGGCGAUAAAACGAAUCAGGGAAUACGAGAACUGAACUCUAGUAGUGUUGGUAUGGUAAAAGCGGCAUUGCAAGCUCUUAAUGAUGUUGGCGAUUUGUUUGGAGAUGGUUCAAAAGGAUCUGUCAUUCAUGUAUUACCUGAUCAAAUCCAGCAGUGUUCGGCUCUUUUGACAUCGAUGUUGCCCCGUGAAUCGGUUUCUAAAGAAACUGAUUUUGCGCUUCUGAGUGUUAUUUCAUAUCCGGCAUUUGCGGUCGAAGAGCAAAGCUUGAUUCAGCUUACACGUCAAACAAUUAUUAAUACGCUUCUUGGUCGUUAUGGUUGUCGACGUUUUCUACGUGAUGGUUACAAAACGCCAUUGGAGGAUCCAUAUCGUUUGUAUUACAACAAUUCUGAAUUGCAACAAUUUGAAGAUGUAGAAUGUGAAUGGCCGUUAUCAGUUUGUUUUCUUAUGCUAGAUGCUGUGUUUUCUCGUGAUGAUGCUAUGAUUAAACAUUAUUGGACAAUUAUGGAAGAUAUCGUUAUCAACAGAAAUGGUUUACGACUAAUGCCUGAACUUUAUAAAGUACCAUUCGAUAAAGUAGCGGCAGAAAAGCAUCAACAUGGUAGCCAAGAUAGAGAAGCUGAUGGAGCAAUACCAUUUUUAUGGGCACAAGCAUUGUAUAUCAUUUGUUGCUUACUAUACGAUGGUCUCCUAACACCAGUUGAACUGGAUCCACUACGAAGACGGAUAUCAGCAUAUGAAAAACAUCCUCCAUGCGAAGUUCAAGUAACAAUAUUGGCGGAAACGCAUGAAGUACAGCAGGAAUUGUUGGCACAGGGUAUCCAGGUGCAGAGUAUUAGUGAAAUUGAUGAGGUAUUAGGCGAGUCUGCAAAGUUGCGACUUACCGGUCGUCCCUUAGAUCGAGAGAUCGGUGUACUCAGCACAAGUAAACUUUACCAGCUGGGACAAAAGUUUGUGAUCUUCACACCUCAGUUUAUGGAUCGAAAACGUUCAUAUUUAAUGUAUGACAUCCGAAUUUUGAUGAAUGAAUGGAGUUCCGAGCUUCAGUAUAUAUACAGCAGUUGGAAUAACACGUCAGUAUCUGGUCGACCAUUAAUCGUGCUAAUUGUUGCAAAGAAUAUGCUUGAAGCAGAUAUGGCACCAAGUGACAGUUCCUUCACUGAUAUUCACAUGAAAGCAUCCGUUAUAGGUACGAUCAAAAAAAUUGCAACAGGUUAUAUAGGUGGCGCACGAGUAGUCAUGAAGAAUGUGUCGGACUUUUUCCGAACCACAGCUGUUAGCAAAUUGGAAUUUUAUGGGCAUAAUGCAGAAAAUUUGUUUUGUGAAGAGGAAGAAGAGGCAAUGCAUCGAAAUCUACCGUCUUCGGACGUUGAUGAUCCAAGAUUAAUCGUUCCAUCACAAAUGCAUGGGAAAUUAUCACUGCGAGGUGAUGCUGAGCGCUACAAUAUUGUGCACAGCACUUCAAUGCGACACCGUAGUAUCAUGAUUGAUAGCGAUGAUCAAGAUCUUAUAAAAUUAUGUACGCUUUAUGGUAAACAAGGACAAAGAAAUCUGACUCAGACAAAUGAGAGAUCUCAAGCUCCACCUUUGAAACGUUUUUUAUCACCUGAAAAACGUAGUUCAACAGAAGAUUUGAUACGAACAUCAUCGGUGGUAUCUCUGAGAAGUACAUCUAGUGGCGAUUCAGAAAAAAGAUUGGAUACAGCACAAAUGGACGAAAUGUCAACAGUAAAUUUGAUUGAUAUGUUAACUGGAACAAAUGUUUUAGAUGAGCAAGCGUCCAUUGUUCAUUAUUUAUGGAUGAAAAAAGGACCUGAUUUUGAUACUGAAUUAAAUAAUUUGAAAGGUGCAACUGUUCGAGCACUUAUGGAAGAAAUAUAUUUAAAGGCAUGUGAAAGUCGUAAUUGGGCCCUAAUUCGCCUGUCAUUCGGGCUUUUGAAGCGUUUGGUGGAUGAAUUAUCCAAAUCAGUGACUCAUCUUUUAGUACGUCAAAAACAGAUCACUGUUGGUAUGCCAUCAAAGAAUGAAGAAGCUAUUACAACUCCAAAAACUAAAGAAGAAUUGCAUCAGAUUUUUAAACGUGUCUACAGCGAUGAUGCGAAUAGUUAUGCUCUAUCACAGGAAAUUAUCGUUUGUCUUGGUUCAUUAGUGUUAACAGAACCGCGUUUGUUUGUGGAAAUGUUCAGAUUACGUAUCGGAUUAAUUAUACAGGUGUUGGCCAGUGAAUUGGCUCGUUUUAGUAGCAUCAGUGGAAUUGAUGCGACACAAAAAUUACUUCAACUUUCACCAUUUCAAGUGAAGUCAAUGCUGUUCUUGUUGUUAAGCGGUCGUUUGCUGGAAGAUUUUAGUACGGGUGCUGAAUCUGGCGCCAAAGAGCAGCGUAGUGGUAUGGGUUCUAUUAGAAAGCAAAUCGAGGAACGAAAGGAAUAA